AUGGCUCGAAAAUUCAACGUCCGUUUCGUAGGUGGGAAUGCCUCUCCUGUUUCCCCGAAGGACUGGAAGGAAACACGCAUUCUUGACCAUCCGAACCGAAGACGUAAAAGCCAAUUCGCGUGUCUGGACUGCAAAGAGCGACACCUCAAGUGCGACGAGGCUUUUCCUGUCUGCUCACGUUGCAAGCAGAGGGGAAUUAUUUGUCGAUCUUCGUUUCGCUCGACACAGUGGCAGAUUGAAAUUCCUGGCUUGACAAUUGGCAGCAACUUAUCAACUAUCCCAUCAGCUGUCAAAAACCACUUAUUGCGGUAUUGGCUUGAAAAAGCUAGCCAAAUAAUGGUCAUCGAUCCAAACGUCAAUCCAUUCUCUUUUGAAAUCCUCAAAUACCUAAGAACCUCUCGAUCCCUUAUCUACACAAUACAGAGUCUGAGCCUAGCUCAUCAAGGGUUUUUUAGCUCCACGUCCUGUGAGGGCGUUCUCCAGGAGCAAGCCCACGCGCUCUCUCUGGUACAAAUCGAAUUGCAGCAAGAUGCUCCUACAUACGGCUCUCUCCUCGCUGUUAUACUUCUGGGCUUAUGCUCUGCAUGGCUGGAUAACCAAAGGGAUGUCAAAUUCGGGAAGGAGCACCUGCAGGGGACAAGAGCCAUAAUCGACAUCUUAUUAGCAAGCCCAGGAGCGGAAAAGGAUUCUUUUUUGCAACAAAGCUUGGCAAUAUACCUGUGCUGGGAGCAAGCCGUUGCAUUCUUCCUAAAUGAAAACGACCAGAUAAUCCCUUAUAGUGAGGACUUUUUGCGAUGUGUACAGGAGAUGCGAAGUCAGUAUAAUGCGACUAUUGGAUACAGCAGCGAUAUUAUGCUGGUACUGGGAAACGUUGGUCGAUACUGCGGAGCCAUUAUGAAUGGUGCACUUCGGGACUUCUCAUUGGAAGCCUUUCUCGAGCAACGUCUUUUGCAGCUUGAUGAUGCAUCCUCGGAUGCUCAAUCGCAUCUAGUUAAUAAUUCAUUUCGAAGACACGGCCUGAUAAUGCUAUAUCGGUCUAUUCAGUGUGCUCCAUCUUCACUACUACUUGGAUUCUCAACCAACGACUCCGAUGAUAUCUUUGGUGGCCAGUAUCCCGAUGAAUUAAUUAUCAAACAAUACGCAAAAGAAAUCCUUGAUGACAUAUUCAGCCUACCAGUGGAUAGCUGCUAUCAUAGUCUCGUUUCUCUGCCUCUCUUUACCGCAGGUGCUGAAUUGGAUUGCGAUUCGUCUUGGGAGAGACAGCAGGUUAGGGAAAGAUUUCAAAAUUUGUUCUCGUCCACUAGACUUCCGGCAAAUAUCCAUGCAGUGAAGAUCCUAGAAGAACUUUGGCAAAUGCAAGACAGCGGAAACGGUGUCUUUUGGCUUUUGUAUCUUUUGGAAACGUCGCGAGUUCUUAUUCUUUGUUAA